AUGAAUCGUCUAUUCGGCAGCAAAGCGGCGAAGCCAAAGCCGUCGCUCACCGACGCCAUCGCCUCCACCGAGACACGCGCCGACUCGGUCGAAGUCAAGAUCCGCAAACUCGACUCGGAACUUACACGCUAUCGCGAUCAGAUGCGCAAGAUGCGCGAUGGUCCCGGUAAAACCGCGAUCCAACAGCGUGCACUGCGCGUGCUCAAACAGAAACGUCUCUAUGAAAACCAACUCGCCCAACUCCAACAGCAAUCCUACAACAUGGAACAGGCUACUAUGACCACAGAAAACCUGCGAAACACCAUGGCCACAUUCGAUGCGAUGCAGAGUGCGAACAAGGAGAUGAAAAAGACAUACGGCAAGAUCGAUUUGGACAAGAUCGAAAGCAUGCAGGAUGAAAUGGAGGAUUUGAUCGAAGCGGCCAACGAGGUGCAAGAAACGCUCGGUAGAAGUUAUGGCGUCCCGGACGAGGUGGAUGAGGAGGAUCUGCAGGCGGAGCUAGAUGCUUUGGAGGCAGACGGAUGGGGCGAUGAGGAGAGCGAGAGCGUACCAAGUUAUCUGCAGACAAAUACCGAGCUGCCAGACUUUGUGGAUGAAUUGCCUACCGAGCGUCUCAAGCAAGGCGAGACCGCCGAGCAAGGCGAGGCGUUAAGAGCGGCAUGA